AGGGGAUUUAAAGGGGGGGCGAUGCUGCUCCCCAGGCUCGUGACGUGCCUCGCGGGGUGCGCCUUCCUCCUCGCGCCGGGGAGCGAGGGCUGCGGACCGGGCAGAGGUCACGGUAAGAGACGGUCUCCACGGAAACUUGCCCCUCUUUCCUACAAGCAGUUCAGCCCCAACGUGGCGGAGAAGACGCUAGGAGCCAGCGGGAGGUACGAGGGGAAAAUCACCCGUAACUCCGAGCGCUUCAAGGAGCUCACCCCCAAUUACAACCCGGACAUCAUCUUCAAGGAUGAGGAGAACACAGGUGCAGACCGCAUGAUGACACAGCGCUGCAAAGACAAGCUGAACUCUCUGGCCAUCUCGGUGAUGAACCUGUGGCAUGGGGUCCGUCUGAGGGUCACGGAGGGCUGGGACGAGGACGGCCAUCACUCGGAGGAAUCCCUUCACUACGAGGGGAGAUCCGUGGACAUCACCACCUCCGACCGGGACAGAAACAAGUACGCCAUGUUGGCCCGCCUGGCCGUGGAGGCCGGCUUCGACUGGGUCUACUACGAGUCCAAAGCCCACAUCCACUGCAGCGUCAAGUCAGAUCACUCCGUGGCGGCUAAAUCUGGCGGGUGUUUCCCCGGCGAGGCCUCGGUGAUGUUAUCGAGCGGCGAGCAGAAGUCUCUGAGCAACCUUCGACCUGGGGAGCGCGUCCUAACGGUGGGAAACGACACCGGGGAGUUAAUCUACAGCGAAGUCCUGCUCUUCCUGGACCACGACCUCGUGACCCGGACGCUUUUCUACACGCUGCACACUGAGUCCGGCGCCCACAUUUCUCUCACCGCCGCGCACCUCGUUUUCGUGUCGGAGGGGAACUGCACCGAGGGGAUGUUGCCACGUAGCCUCAGAUCGGUGUAUGCUAGUGACGCUCAAAUAGGACAGUGUGUGGUGGUGCAAACGGGUGGAGAAGGGCGUCUUUCUCGGGUCAAACGGGUCACUUUGAGGACCAGCAGGGGUGCGUUUGCUCCGCUCACCCAGCAGGGGACGCUGGUGGUGAACGGCGUGUUGGUUUCCUGCUACGCGGUGGUGGAGCAGCACGCCCUCGCUCACUGGGCUUUCUCUCCUCUGAGGAUCCUCCACAGCUGGACUGGAUUCACUGGUUCCCAUCAGAGCCAUGAGGGGGUCCACUGGUACUCUCUGCUCUUACACUGGCUGGGCAGGAAGGUGUUGGACCCGGGGAGCUUUCAUCCACUGGGCCUGGAUCAGGGCUGAAGGGCAAAGAAAGAUCACAUGGAGGACGCUUUUAUCAACCAAAAGUACAAUGAGGCAGAGCCCAAUGAAGAGGCGCUCAGCAUGAACAUGAUGCCUUGUCCUUUGAUAAACACAGGCACAGUUCAGGCCUCGUGAUGAACAUUUGAAAUUAAGCUUUUCUUUCCAGCACUCAUUUGACAGAGCAGGACUAAUCGUGCCCAGAAUCAUCGACAAGCCGAACCCAGACGCAAUGCCCACGAGGGUUUCUGAUAUUCUGUCCCACCAAGUCAUAAUGUACGUCAUACACUGUGUCGCAAAGACUUCACGUUCUUCCAAAACAGUGCAUGCUGGGACGAGGAAGCUGUGACCUGAUGAACUCAGAGAUCAUAAAUAUAGGAGCACUUGGAUUCAGAAUGUGCUCAAAAAAAAGACUUACUGCGUCCUUUAAAACUAUGAAACAACAAUCCCUUAACAAAGCCCUUAAAGUUUUAAAGUGUGGUUGUUUGAGGUACCUUUCCACAGUCAGUGUAUUUCCUUAUAGUUAUAUAUAGAAGAAGAUAAGAGUACUGACAGAAAGCUAUUAAAAAGUAGGACCUCAUUCAAUCACACUUCAAACUGCUCCUUGAAUCGACCCUUAAACACCGAACACACUUUAGUUAUCAUCGGGUUAGUAAUGUUGGUAUUAAGAUCUCUACGUGCAGAGAAGUAACAGGAUUCAUAUUCAGUAUUCGGGUAUUUAAUGGGAUAUAUUGGAUCAAUUGUAACAUUUAAAGGGUGUUUUUAUGGGUUUUGCUGCAACUUAAAUAAAACAUAACAGCACUUUUAUGGUACACUGUAAAUGAAGGGGUGUUUGUAUAUUGUUUUGGUCAACGUUUCCCCCUGAAAACCCCUUAAUCUGUGCAGAAGACCUUUUACAAAUCCCUUAAUAUAAUAGAAUCCAAUCAUUAAUCAAUUAUUUACCUUUUAAUGUAGUAAAAAUUAUAAAUACCUGAACACUGUGUAAGAAAUCCUAUGAGUUUCACGAAUGGGUGCAAUAAUAACAACACCUUAAAUGUGUUGUUUAUUUGAUCUGUUAAAUGUGUGAAUUUAAAGUGGAAUAUUAAGGUAAAGAAUAAAGGGAAUUAGUUUCAUAGUCCAAGUCUGUGUUAUACCAUUACUUUUUAAUACAGAGAUGUUAGAAAGCGUUAUAGUGUAUUUAAGUGUUAUUUGUUUACAAAAAUCCAAUAUUGUUUAUGAAGUUAUUUUGG